CUCUCACUCAUUAUAAAGAUCGAAGCAAGAUUUUGUUUAGUAGUUUCAGCAUUUGCUAGGCCAGUUGAGGUUGAAGAUUUGUGAAAGAAAGAUGGACUACAAGUUUUUGCUUUGCUUUGUCUUCGUGAUAGGUGUGGUGUUUGCAGACGCAGAUUACAAUCCCAGUUACCAGGGAAUAAAUAAUAACCCAGGACCAAACUACAAUCGCGAUUAUCCGGGAUACAAAAUACCGGAGUAUGCAGGACCAAACUUCAAUCGCGAUCAGGGAUACAAAAUGGCGGAUUAUGCAGGAAAUCAACCUGGUCAACGCUUUAACGAGUUCGACACUGAUGACGAAGCAGAAUUGAAUUUGGCGGAUUAUGCACGUGAUCCUCGACCAAGACCUGGCUUUUUGCGUCGUCGAGAACCAGGACGAAGAAGAUUUGGGAAGAAGUAAAGAGGGACAUGGCAAUUGCACUUCGUUUUUUAAUGCACCCUCCAUGGUAGAUGCUUUUUAAGUGCACCAUCUUUGUUGAUAAUAUACACUGUAAUUUGGAAUUGUAGAAACUUAUUUUCACAAAAUAUAUGUUGACUGGAA